AUGUUUUCUCCCCUUCUUCUCUACAUACUUCUACCCUAUGCUAUCGCUCAGGACCACAUUCCCACCAAGGCUCCCUACGCUGAAGUUGAUCUCUCUAAACGCCCUUCCGAGCACUUCAAACCUGCAGUCAGAGUCGCGUUGAAGUCGUGGCCUUUCGAUGAGAGUUUCCGUCCACUUUUUGCUCAGUGGAACACAACCACUUUCGACCGCCUAUCUGACAACGACUAUGACGUGUUCAUGAACGCUCUCGAAAAGCACUUCCCUGUACAAGCUCUCGAGCUGAGGGGCAUCUCUGAGGAAUUUGCUGCUAAUGGUCACUACGUCAGCUAUCCCUAUCUGGCCGCCUGGGCCUAUAGUCAUGAAAUCGGACAUUUUAGCGAGGCUCCUACGGUUCACCACGAUUGUACUGCGUUGUUGGUUUCUGAUGAGAAUGGUCAUGUCGUGCACGGCCGCAAUAUGGACCAAGCUGCUCCUGAUUACGCCAGAAGGGUUACUCUCAGUCUCAAGUACAAGAGUAUAGCGCCUGGAGUCGCUGAUGUGGAGACUAUUGAUUUUUACUGGUUUGCUGGAGGAAUGGUAACUGCGGUUACUACCGACGGUUUGUCCAUGCAGGAAAAUUGGAGGUCUGUGAACGAGCCGAAAGAGGAGAUUUUGAGGAGAAUCAGUCAUGGCGCGGUUCCGCAAAGUUUCAUGUUCAGAGAGAUGAUGUUUGCUCAAGGGGUACGAGAUUAUAAAGGCGCUGUACAGUUCCUCAGAGAGGUCCCUUUUGCGGCUUCUGUGUACAUUGCAGUUGCUGGUCAAGGAGAGAAGGAGGGAUCUAUCUUAACUCGUAACGAUAGCAGUGUGGUUGUGCCCGUCCAAGAGUUGGGAGAAGGAUGGUAUGUGGUGGAGACCAACCAUGACAAUUGGCUACCGGACCCUCCGUCUGAUCCCAGAAGAACGAAGGCUGAAGAGUGCAUUGCUAGACACGGCCAGAAGGAGGGAGAGGUAGGCACCUUUGCCGUGGUACUUGACUGCAUCUCGGAGAAGCCCGUGUUGAAUGAUGGUACUAUCUAUACGGCUGUGAUGUCGCCGAGGAGUGGUCUGCUUUGGGGGAGGAUCCGGUUUGACGCCGCUAAAAUAACAGAUCCCGAGGCGCUUUCUGUGAGGGAAAUCCUCGUGUAGUUUUUGUAUAAU